UGUGACACCUGCAGUGAAGGGCUACACUGGAGGCGCGAACAUGUGUCUUUUUCUGUUACUACCAGAGAGUGGGCUCUGGGGGUGGUUAGAGUCUGCAGUAGGAUGGCUGCACUGAGCGAUAUGCCCUAACCGUGCAGUGUCCAGGGGCUGUGAAUGAGGGUAAAGGAAUUGUUCGAGGAGCUGAAGCAUGUUGGAUUUGUGAUCCCCGCCUCUAUGGUAAACUGGAAUAUUAAACAGCAAGUGGAUUGACCGUGGGAGGUGACCACUGGCAGGACAAACUUGUGUCUGAGAAGAGGAACCGAGUUGGAAAGCGAGCAGUGCGUGCGUGAAGGUCAGCACAGACAUCUGAGAUCUGAAAACAGAGACAAAAAACACUCGAAAUAACCAGGAAGUACUUGUCUCAAGUAUGUCUGUGGAAUGAAAAUACCCUUGAUGCAGAUAACAACAGACUGUGAAAUGUGAAGCAUUCAAAAAUAUUAAAGUCAGUGUAUGGUACUUUUCUAUAACCUACUGGAUUGUAACCUCUUAAUGCCAUGCAACAUUCUGAUACUAUGGCUGCUUCUGUAUCCUUGUAACACACCUCUGGGAGAUUGUUCAUGUUGUGGAUUGACACGGCCAUUGAAUUCCAUCACUGAUCAACUGUUUGCACUUUUUGUGUGAAAACCCUUGGUGGAAAUAAGGAUAAAACAACCUUCCCAGGGUAUUUCAGAGUAUCAAAGGUUGUUUUCAUUUCUGAAAUACAGAUGUUUCUGAACUCUAUCCUGGUGGUCUUAACUGACCUGGCGGCUGGUCUCCUUGGCCAUACCUCAAUUCGCCGCCAUUUUCAUUUGUUGAUGUCGGGCCUUGUCAUAUUUGGACCUGCACUGAGCUUGUGGGUCUCCCCACAUGCUAUUUUUGCAAAGAAGACUCAUUUCCUAUACAGAAUGUUUCUGCGGUCAGCAUGGGGAUGGACCUGUUUGUUUGUGGGUUCCUUCGUCUUCCUCCUCUCUUUCUCCGUCCGCCGCUCCAUCACCCUCUCCCUGCGCCACCUCUCACGGCUGGCCGUGGCUGGAGGCCUGUGGCAGGGCUUCCGGAGAGCUGUGAGCGUGCUGGAGAACACCACUGGUAGCUGUUACGAGCUCCUCAGUGCGCCCCUGGAGGGUAAGACGGCAGCAGCGAAUGGGGACAGCGCCCAACCUCUACUGCUGCUGCGGGAGGGUGAGAGCAAGGCGGCCUGCCUGAACGCGGGCAUGCUGUGGCGUGGCUACGAGGUCUCGGAGGACGUCUUCCUGCUGUGCCUGUGCUGCCUGCUGCUGGCCGAGGAGACGGCCGUGUUCGGGCCCUACCUGAGCCUGGGCGGUCCCUCGGGCGGGCCGCUGCGCAUCCUCUUCCUCUUCUGCGUGCUGCUGCUCAGCCUCUGGAUCUUCUUGCUCCUCUGCCUGUUGGCUUACUUCCCCGUGUUCCCCACCCAGUUGCUGGGAGGGGCCCUGGGGUGCCUGAGCUGGCGGGCACUCUACCAGGGCUGGUAUCGGCUCGGGCCCAGUUGGUACUGCCCAGGAAGGCCAGGCGUGGGACUGCUGACCACUGAGAAGAGAAAUGGGGAUGGGAAGCCUGUGGGGCCAGACCAAGCAAACAAUGCAAUGCACAAAUAGGGCUGUACAACGCAUUAACUGAUGGCACACCUCAAUUGCCAAGCCGGUGGUACAAUUAAGCUGCCACGUCCACUGUAGUUUGAACUUUGUUCUGUUCUCGGUUAAAUUCCUGGUAUUGAAAGUGAUACGACUAUCAACACCUUGGAUGUACUAACGCGUAAAGUAAUAUGCCAUGGUCUUUUGACAUUAGGAAGAAGGGCAAUGUAGUCAGAUGACAGCGACUCAGCAGAGUGGCAUGUCUACAGCAUCACCGAGUGACAAACAGCAGAAAAUACAUGUACAUAUGCAGAGGUUCUUGCAGCAUACAAUCUAUUGUGCCUGAACAGCCUAUCAAAUAACCAGUUGCUUUGUCAAGCGUGCAUUGCCAUGUCACCUCACUACAUCUCUUGGUUAAAUUAAGUAUGCUUGCUGAAGAAAUUAACAGCCAUGAUGGGGAUAUAUUUUCAAUAAAGGAAUAAAACAGCUACAAAUA